AUGAAACCCGUUGAGCCUCAAGGCUUCUCACAGCCGACAGAAGAUACAACUCCCAGCUACAAACCGCACAGUAUCGUAUAUGAGAGUAUACGACAGCAUACACUACACCCGCAACAGCUGGUCUGCUUGUCUUCAACCUCCGAUUUCGGCCUACGAAGCUGUCUCGCUCCGUCUCUACCACAAACGGCCUUCUACAAGCCUACAGGAGGUACAGGAGCCAUCAUACUACAACAGCAGCUGGAGCCCCGAAAGCGAGUUGACCGCCGCUGGUGGUCUAGGAUGGGCUCUCUCAGCGCGAGCCCAUCCCUCACGGCCACCGUGAUCGAGUCCGCCAUCGACGACGAGGAGAUCGGUCUCACGCCCCAGCAGCGACGGCACAAGCAGUGGCGCGCCAGGAAGAGACAGCAACGUGAAGAGCUCGAUAACAUGGUGCCCAACAAUGCUCUGCGCAUGGCAGACCGUACGGUCAUAAAGAAGCUGGCCAUUAAUGCCCUCUUCAUCGGCCUGUGGUACUUCUUUGCCGUCUCCAUAUCACUCUAUAAUAAAUGGAUGUUUUCACCUGGAAACCUGAACUUCAAGUUUCCGCUCUUCACCACCAGCCUACAUAUGCUUGUGCAGUUCAUACUCGCCUCGAUACUGCUCUACUUCUUCCCUUCCCUGCGUCCGCCUCUGACUAGCCCCGAUGCAGCCAUGGGGAAGCCCAACGCUCCCUCGUUGACCCCGAUAUUCUAUCUCACCCGUCUCGUGCCCUGCGGGAGCGCUACCUCGCUCGAUAUUGGCCUGGGAAACAUGUCUCUGCGCUUCAUCUCCCUCAGCUUCCUUACUAUGUGCAAGUCCUCUGCGCUGGGCUUUGUGCUGCUCUUCGCCAUCGUAUUUGGUCUAGAGACGCCCUCUAUAAAGCUCGUCUUGAUCAUAUGUACCAUGACCCUCGGGGUGGUCAUGAUGGUUGCUGGCGAAGCCUCCUUCCAUGCCGUCGGUUUCGCCCUCAUAAUCGCUUCGUCCUUUUUCUCCGGUUUCCGCUGGGCUCUCACCCAAAUCCUCCUGCUGCGGCACCCUUCUACCUCGAACCCCUUCUCGACCCUCUUCCUGCUCACACCCAUCAUGUUCGUCUCCUUGCUCGCCAUUGCACUAUGUGUCGAGGGAUACCACGAGAUCCUAGCUGGCAUCCACACCCUUGCUACCGAUCACGGCUCCUUCAAGGUUCUACUCUUUCUCUCCUUCCCGGGCAUGCUAGCCUUUUGCAUGAUAUCGUCCGAAUUCGCGCUCCUUCGACGCUCAUCUGUCGUCACUCUGAGUAUCUGCGGUAUCUUCAAGGAGGUCAUCACUAUUGCUGCGGCAGGCAUCUUUUUCAACGAGGUGCUCAGUCUGGUCAACGUUGUGGGCUUGAUCAUCGCCAUAUCAAGCAUUGCUUGUUACAACUACAUGAAGAUAAGCAAGAUGCGCAAAGAGGCUCUUUCGGAGCGAGAAACGGUCGACGAUGAUGAGGACGACGGGUACGAGAGUCCUGGCCCCAGCUCUGGUCUCAUGGAUGACGGACAGGGCCACAGACACUCGUCUCCUGCUGCAGAUGGCCGCUGGGGCGGACUCGUAGACCAGCUGAAGGCAGCCUUUGGAAAUAAUCGGAACCUCUCAGGUCCCCGAUACCAGCCCAUGCAUGCAUCCGCUGAGCCUUGA